AUGAAUGACUGGCAGAGGAAAAGUGCUCUAGACUGGGCAUCGUAUGUGAACAAAUUGGUGAAAGUUGUUGCAGUUGAGAAACAUGAAUAUGAAGGAUGGGUUGUAACAGUUGAUCCAGUUUCUACCAGUAUUGUCCUUGCAACAUUCCUGGAGAAUGAAGAGGUGUCCAUAUCAGUUGUCAUGGGCCAUGCUGUCCAAGAGGUUGAAAUACUGAAAGAAGAGGACAGUGAAAUGAAGCAGCGUCUUUCUUGUAUAUUUACACCUGAAGAAAGCAAAGCAUACAGCCCAGAGGAACUGGAAAAGAGGAAGAAGGACUUGAAGACCUGGCUAGAAACAAACCACAUCCCUGUGACAGAGCAGGGCAAGUCAGGCAGGACACUGUGUGUGGCAGGAGUGUUAACUAUUGACCCACCAUAUGGCCCAGAAGAGUGCAGCAGCUCCAAUGAGAUCAUUCUGUCUCGAGUUCAAGGACUGAUACAGGGCUAUCUUGAAAAACAACAGUGA